GAAAACUGUCUCAACUCGGAGGUGGUGGAGCAGAUCUACAAGAGGAACCCCAUCCUUCGCUACAGUCAUCACCCGCUGCACUCGCCGCUGCUGCCGCUGCCCUACGGAGACAUCCACCUCACCACGCUGAGAAACAGGAGCUACACGACGCUGCAGGAGGAGGCCCUCAAAGUCUUCAGCUCUCUGCAGCACCUGGAGGGCGUGGCCGACCCGGUGCCCAUCAUCCAGGGCAUCCUGCAGACCGGCCAGGAGCUCAAACCGCUGCGGGACGAGCUCUACUGCCAGCUGAUCAAGCAGACGACGCGGCCGCCGCAGCCAGGAAGCCCCGGGAACCUCUGCAGCUGGAAGAUCCUGGCCUGCAUGUGCUGCACCUUCAUCCCGACCAGGAGCAUCCUCCGAUACCUCAAGUUCCACCUGAAGAGGACUCGAGAGCUCCUCCCCGGUUCGGAGAUGGAUCGUUACGCCGCCUUCGCCCUGGAGUCUCUGAGGAAGACUCGAGCCAGAGAGAACGUCCCGUCGCAGGAGGAGAUCCGCUCCAUCGUGGCCCGGCAGGACAUGAGCACCACCGUUCACUGCCACGGAGGAGGAUCCUGCAAGAUCACCAUCAACUCGCACACAACAGCCGGAGAG